UCUUUCUAUUUUACCGAUAUAAAAAAAAAUAAUCAAAUGUGAAGCAUAUUUUGAUGCUAGUAAAUGUAACAAAAGAGACAAUAAAUUAUCAAGUAAAUAAACAUAAGUUAAUAAUAAUAAAGUACGUAAUUUUUCUGUAAAUUAUUUUCUUCUGAAAUUUAUGACUACAUUACAUAAGUUUGAAACUUAGAAAUAAUAUGCAGUAAUGAAUUUUGGGAUUUUAACAAGCUAUUCGUAUUAAUGGAUAAUGGAAUAGCAUAUGUAACCAGCAUAUAACAUUCAACAGAAAAAAAAGUCAACAAGUUGCUAAUAAAUUUGAAUUAAUAAUGGAAAAUUCAAGUGGUCAUUGGAUUGUUGAGAAUUUUGACAGUUUACUGAGCGCUGAUGUGAAGAACAAUGUUAUAGAAAUAAUAUAUAAUUCAAGUGGUUAUUGGAUCAUAGAUAAUAACAACUUAUCAAGUGAUGAUACUGGAAAUAAUUUUAUAGAACAGUCUUCAGAUUGUUUUAAAUUACCACUAAAAAAUCAAUGUAAGAAUAAAGUUUCAAGUGAUGAUUCAUCGAAUGAUAUCCCUGAAAAAAAUUCAAUCAAAGGAGAUGGAAAUUCAAAUUUUUUAAAAUCGAUAACAUCAAGUCAUUGUGAUGAAAAUACAACAGAUAAUGGUUUAUCAAUUGCAAGUUCUAAACAAAAUUUAAUCAAUAUGGAAGCAUCAUUGGGAGUAGAAGAGUCGCUUAAUCAUUUGAGAUUGAUAACUAAGAAUCUGUACAAUGAUCAAAAUACUAAUUUUGAUAAAGACUUAAUUAAAAACGAAGGCUCUUUUAAUUUUGUUAAACUAAUUGAAAACAAACAGUGUGAUGGUUCAAAUUCAGAUGAUGCUUCAGCGAUCGUUAUUUCUGAAAAAAGCUUAUCAGAAGUAAAUAGUUGCACAGAUAUUUUUGGAUUGAUAAAAGAAAAUAAAUUUGAUGACCAGAUACAAAAUAAUAAUUUACUGAUUGCGAUUACAGACGAAAAUUUAACUGAAGUAAUGAAAAUCAUGAAUUCUUCUGGUUUAGAUAAUCCAUUGUGUGAAAAUGUAUAUACGGGACUACGAUUAGCUGUUCGAAAUAAUUGUAAAGAAAUAAUCAAAUUUUUAAUAGAAAAAAUUACUCAAAUAAAUAGUAAUACUGAAAAAUCACACAACACUCCUCUACAUUUAGCGGUUAUUCAAAAUAACCAUGAGAUUGUUAAAAUGUUGUUAGUAAAAAAAGCUGAUGUUAAUAAAAAAAAUGCAUUAGGUCAAUCUCCAUUGGACAUUGCAAUAACAAAUGACAAUAUAAUAAUUCUAGAAUUAUUUGUAGAACAUGUAUCAGAUAUAAAUAUUACUGAAGAGAACUAUGUAAAACUUCUUUUCUAUUUAUUUGAUAAAGAUUAUUUACAAUUAACUGAAAGUUUGUUGACUAAAUGCUUUCACAUAGAUCUCAGUACAGUCUUAAAAAAUUAUAAUCUUCUGUGUAGAGCAGUUGAAAAAGAGCAUUAUUCUAUAGUUAAAAAUCUAUUAGAUCGUGAUGCUGACGUUAAUUGCAGUUAUAAAUCAUAUUUCGGAUCUCGAACUGCACUAUAUAUAGCCUGUGAAAAGGGUAAUUAUAACCUUGUUAAAUUACUGCUAAGUAAAGGAGCUGAUGUUAAUAUAGCUUCUGAAAUAUUUCAUUACGAAACAGUAUUUAACUACUAUCCUAUACGGCCUGUUAUCGAAGGUGGGCACUAUCUUAUUGUAAAAAUACUUAUAAAUUAUGAAACUGAUAUUAAUAAGUGUUAUGAUGGGUUUUCUCCGCUACAUUUAGCUUGUAAUUUCUGUCAAAUUCAAAUAGUUAAAUUGCUUAUACAUCAAGGAGCAAAUAUUAAUGUAAAAAAUGACCUUGGUAUAUCACCAAUUAGUAUUGCGGCAAAACGAGGAUACAUUGAUAUUUUUAAGUAUUUGAUAGAAAAUGAAGAUUUUUAUUUAGACUAUGACAAUGCUGAAUUAAUUUUACAUUGUGUUACUAAGAAUAAUUUCUUCAAAAUACUUGAGUUAAUUAUAAGCUACAUAAAUGAAUUGAAUAAUAAAGAUCAUUUAAGAUAUGAAAUCGAUACUAAAGUAAUUAAUAAUUUGAUAGAUUUUUCACUUCUUCACACUGCAGCUCGUUUCGACUCUGACAAUUGUAUUGACAUUAUUAUUCACAGUGGUGCUUCAGUCAAUUGUAAAGUUAAAGAUAGAAAAACCCCUCUUCAUGUUGCUUACCAAUACGGACGACAAAAAUCUGUUGUAAGUCUUCUUAAAAACGGUGCAGACAUCAAUGCAAUUUGUGAUAAAGGUUACACACCUUUUGAAUAUUCUCAGGCAUCGAAAAAAAGUGCAUCUUAUCUAACUAACUAUUCUAAAUAUAAUUAUGACGACAGUAAUAUUAUAUUGGAUGAAUAUAGUCCUGAUGAAAUGAGUAGUUAUUUUGCAAAACAUAUAGCAAAAAUGAAAAUUAUAAACUUAUAUGUUAAUACGAAAAAUUAUGAUACAUUCAUUGAUAUUAGUAGUAGAACGGAAAAUUUGUUUCAACAGCAAGAAGAAUAUAAAAUAGAAGUAGAAACUAUGAAAACUGAAGUUAUAGUGUCUUCGUCUGUUAUUACAUACUAUGAUUUUGUCAAAGCCAAUUUACGAUUAAGAGUUUGGUUGUUAAACGACGAACAUAUCUUAAAAAUUUUGGAGAUUGGAGAAUAUAAUUCAAUAUUUCCACACUAUUCAACAAUAAUUAGUGGCUGCUAUCAAAGAGCUUUGGCGAAAAAAAAAUUACUUGAUGAAUCUGAAAAAUAUCCUAUUUUUGACAGUAUUCAAGAGUUACCUGACCCUUGUAUUGAUAUGACAAUUAGUUAUUUAAGUGAUAGCGACUUAAGAACCUUAAUCAAUGAAAAUAAAUUUUUCAAUAAUGACAAAUAAUAUUUG